GACUUGAAAUGUAUUAUAAAAUACAAUACUUUACUUACCUUUCAAUGACUUUGUUUGACUACUUAUGGGACACAAAAAAGUGUUGAAACACAACACAAAUAAAACUAUUUUUGACACAAAUUUUUUAUAUAAAUAAAUAUAUUUUUCUAAUGAAGUGUUUUGUCUUAUAAAGUAAUGUAACAGAAGAAGACAGAGAUGGACAACAAAAUAGGUGAAUAUCAGUCAAAUCUGGAGGAUAUCCUGACGUGGAUGUUGGGCGCCGAAGAACAGCUCAACAAUUGGGACACAAUUGCCGACAAAGAUGUAGAAACUGUGAAACAACUGUUUCACGCAAACCAACUCUUUAUGAUUGAGUUAAGUCAUUACCAACAGAAGAUUGAACACAUGUUUACUGAAGGACAACAACUCAUCCGUUCAGAUGUUUGCCAUACAGACGAAAGGGAUGAGAUAUCAUUGCAGAUGGAGUUGUUGAGCGCCCGUUGGGAUCAAUUGAGAUUUAAGGCGAUGGACUCACAGCAACAGCUAAACGACUCUCUUAUGGAACUACAGAAGAAACAGUUGGACUCAUUGCGCGAAUGGCUGACCACCGCUGAAGUCAAGAUUUGUGAUUUUUCUAACAUCGGUUCCAGUCUUUCGGCAGUCAAAGAACAGGUAAAACAACACAAACUUCUUCAGAAACAACUAGAAGAACAACAAGAAGUGGUUAAUUCUGUGUCAAAUAUGGUUGUGAUUAGUGAUGAAAACGGCGAAAAUGACUUUGCCUUCUUAGAGGAUCAAUUGGAAGCGUUGGCCGAGCGGUGGCGUCAUGUCUGCCGCUUUGUUGAGGACACCGGCAGUAAUCUGCAAACUAUUUAUAAUUCAUGGAAAAUAUUGAGUGAAGAAGAGAAAAAAUUUAGCAAAUGGUUAACAAAAUUAGACCGAAGACUCACCGAAAUGGAAGACGCGGCCAAUGAAACGCCUCCGGGAUCUAAGUUUGUGUUGGAUUUAGUGAAGCGAUUGCAGAAAAUUGAGAAUGAGAUGGAAUUACAGCAAACAAAUUCAUCAAAUCUUGCAGAUCAGGCACAGAUACUUCUCGCAAAGAUUAGCCGCGGAAGUGAUGCCGCCAUUGAAAUCACCCGUAAUCUGGAGGCACUAACCAAACAUUGGGAUGCAAUUCUUCAACGAAUGGAACAGUUGGGCGAAGCACUUAAUACAUUAAGUCAACCGCAAAGUCGUUCAUCUGUUUCAUCACAAAGUUCUUCACCUGAAAAGAAAGAACGUUCGUCUUCUGAGUCAUCAUCUAAUCCGCCGACGCCAACGGCGACCGCCAAAAAGCGUAGACUUGAUUCGUGGCGUAUUCAAGAAUGGCAAAGACAAUUGGAUACACUUUCUUCUUGGCUCGAAAGGGUUGAGGAAGCACUUGGCAUUGAUACCGAUGAGGACGAAGGAUCACUUUUAUGGGAAUCAUUAGCUAUUGAAGAACAACAGGUUUUACUGGAGGACACAGAAGCAGAUGUGGAGUUAAGAAAAACAGAAUUUGAACAAUUGAUAGCACAGGGAAAACAAAUUGUCGAAGACUUAACAUCAAUCGGUGAAGAUUCACAAACAAUUGAAGAAGUGGUUCAAACAAUUCUCGAUCGUUGGAUUGAAGUGAACCAAACAAUGGAUGAAAGACAGAAACGUGUCAAUAGUCAGUUGGAAGUGAAUCGGAUACACAACGAAACGGAUGCCAUGAAUCGAGUUCUGGAGACUCACAACAAAUGGUUACAAUCAACGGAAACUUCUAUUAAUAAUUCUGGAGAAUUGCCAAAACUUGUGGAUCAAUGCAAAUUGCGUCUUAAGUCGAUGCAGACGCAGAAGGAAAAGGUCCAAAAAAUUACUGAUGAUAUGCACCGUCUGUGCUCUGAUUUACCUACCGGUACCAGUGAUUCAUACAUUAAUGACAUCAAAAAGUUUAUUUCCCAUUGGGACGAAACCAACAAAAAGAUAAUGUCUUUUAAUGAUCGCCUCAACAGUGUCUCAUCACCAGAAAGUGCUAGUGAUUCAGUGAAAACGCCAACAUUUAAAACAAUUGUCAAAAAAGAUGAAUCUCCUUCUGCUUCUUCAUCAUCAUCACUAAUAAUUCAACUUUUGAAUAACACCCACCAGUUGUCUCAAUGUCUUGACAAAGCAAACAUAUCAAUUGAUUCUGAAUUUAUGGAUUCAGUUAGUGAUAUCAAUGCACUCGAAAAAGAGUUGAAAAAGUUUGAAGAAAUGAUUAAAACUGUUUGUUCUGAGGAAACAAAUCUAAAACAAAUAAAUAAAAGUGCAAAAGAGUUACUCGAGUUGAAUACAGAAUCAAAAGUAUCAAAGAAAUUGUUGUCCAAAACCGUGGAUGAGUUAAAUGUCAAAUGGGAUUCAGUUAAUAGUAAAAUCAAAGAAAGAAUUGAAUUAAUUCAAAAGUCAUUGCAAACCAUUAAUUUGUUGGAAGAGGAGAUCGUGAGUCUUGACAAAUGGAUGGACGAAGUGGAUGUAUUUCUUAAUGAAGACAUUGCCAUCGGUGAUAUGGAAACACUGGAACAACAAUUGGAACAAUGCAAUAAACUUCAAAAAGAUAUUAAAUUAACGAUACAGUCGUCUAUAGAUAAUGUCAACAAAAAUGCUGUAGAAAUUGCAAAGAAUUUUAAUUAUAAAAAUGUUUCCAAAUUUAAAGAAAUUAACGACAAAUGGGAAAAAUUGAAGAAUGCGACCAUCGAUAAGAAUAUGAAGUUAAAGAUAGUUUUGCAAAACAGUAAUGCCAUCCAUGAGAUGCUGACUCAAUCCGAAAACUAUAUAAUUUCAUCUAAAAAUGACAUCGAAAGUGGUAUUUGUGUGACUGGAACUGACUUCCAAAACAAUCAAAAGAAACUUAAAUUAAUGUUAGAGACAGUAUUGUCGAAAAAACGCGAAAUAAUUGGUAUUAAAGAAAAAUUGGAUGAAAUUACUUUAAAUCAAUUAACCACUGGAUCUCUUGAGGAGCUUAAACAACGUUAUAAUUUAGUUCAAAAUAAUUUAGAUAARUAUGAAAAAAUAUUAACCGAAGCGAUCGGUGAACUUAAGAAAAGUCAGGCUUUGAGCGGUGAAAUGAAAAGAUUGUUAAUGAAUGAAAAUGAUUGGUUGGAUAAAUUGGCCAAAAAAUUGAAACGAUCGCCACAAUUGGCGGCAGACGCUGAAGAAAUUUCUGAAUGUCUUGAUGAUUUGGAAAACUAUUUGCGAAACAAACCAAACGAAAGAAUAGAAAGAAUCCAAGAAAUAAAUAAAGUGUUAAUUGAAAGACAGAUGUCGUCCGAUCAGUCGAUGAAAGACUUGCAGACAGUGAUUGACAGAUGGGAUAAAUUAAGUCGAGAGGCGAGAGAGCGACAAAAAGAAUUGGAAACAACUCAAAGUGAGUCCCAACAGUGCGAAAGACAACUUCUAUCUGUUUUGCGAUGGAUUCAGAGUGUCGAGUGUGAGCUCAAGACACGACUUGACAACGAAGUGCUGGCCGAAGACUUACCGGAACAGGUGGACAAAAUGGACAAAGAAUUUGAGACAUACGCCAACACAUUGAUAUCACUUAAGAGUUAUACCGAUACAUAUCGUCUUCAGGACAGAAAUGAGGCCGCGAUUCGACUCGAAGAACAAACAGAACUCAUUCAGAAACGUUAUGACGAUUUGCUAAAUAACUUCAAGCAAUAUAAGAGCUCCGGUUCUUCUCAAUCUAAGUCCAUAAAAGUAACGACUCAGGAAAAUUUACUGCCGGUUCCCGAUGAGAGCGAUAAAGUUGAUGACAAACAACUAAGUGUGUCUUCAGUGAAGGAUAUUCAAGCAAAAUCUGACGAAGAAGUUGAUCAAAAAGUAUCAGAAUUAUUGACAAAAUCAGGUGAUUUGAGUAAUUCAGAUAAAAAUUCUGAAGAAAAUAAAGAAGAAGAAGAAACCGAAGAUAAUAAAGAAGUAAACGAAGAAGACAUGAGUAACCGAUGGAACAGAAGUAGAACAGAAAUUAGUGUCGAAGAAUGUAAUCAAUUGUUACUAUCUUUACGAGAACUGAUCGAAUGGAUCAUUAAGAAAGAAACCGAAUUAUCAUUACAACCGGCUAUUGGAGGAGAUUUGGCUGUUAUUUUAAGACAACAGGACGAGAAUCGUACACUUAAAAGACAGUUGGAUGACAAACGACCCAUUAUUGAGAGCAGUCUUCUGGCCGGAAGAAAUUUUGUGGCCAAAGAGGAUAUCGGACAUCACGAAAGCAGCGAUUCUGAGGUCAGAGAUUACGAUGGGGACAGUCGUGCGCAUACAUAUCGUGUCGGCGAUGGUAUUGAACUGACCCGAAGUAUCCGUCGGGAAGUUAGCAAACUGUCUGAUAAGUGGAAUGAGUUAUUGCAACAGACAGAGCAAAGACUUAAACGAUUAGAUGAUGUUCAGAGGAGAAUGCACGGCUUGCAGAAGGGUAUGGAAGACCUGAGCGCUAAAUUGCAUGCAUUAGAAACACAUAAAACCAAAUGGCCUAUCAUUACGGACAUCCCUUUGGAACAAUUGCCGAAUCAUCUGAUCCAACUCAAUUCAUUCCAUGAGAGAGUAUCACAAAUUCUGGUGCAAACAGAACAAGUGAACGAAUCGUCCGCACGGAUAACGGGCCUCAAUGUACUCCUAUCCCACUCUAAUCUCAAUUAUUUGGAGGAACUCAACACUCGAUCACGUUUACUACAAUUGGCUGCCGAUGAAAGACAUAAAGCCAUUGAACAGGCUAUUAGAGAUCAUGGAUCAGCUCAGCAACAAUUCCUAAAUGCAGCGGUCGAUCAUCCCUGGGAACGGGCUGUGGCCGCCAAUAAAGUGCCUUAUUAUAUAAAUCACGCAACUGAAACCACUCAUUGGGAAUCACCAAAAUAUACAGAAAUUUUAAACUCAUUGAGUGAAUUCAAUGAAGUGCGGUAUAGCGCCUACAGGACAGCCAUGAAGUUGCGUACUGUUCAGCGCCGGUUGUGUCUGGAUUUGGUGCCAUUGGAAAGUCUUAUAUUGGCUUUCGAUGAGUUCGGUCUAAGGGCACAAAACGAUAAACUAAUCACUGUCUCUGAAAUGAUCAGUUGUUUGCAGAACGUGUACGAGGGUAUAGCCGUCGAGCACUCGACUCUCGUUAAUGUUCCCCUUUGUAUUGAUUUAUGUCUUAAUUGGUUACUCAAUCUCUAUGACACUACUACUCGUACGGGACAUAUAAGGAUCCUUUCAUUCAAAGUUGGUUUAUCCAUACUUUCCAAUGCAUCGAUUGAAGACAAAUACAAAUAUUUGUUUCGUUUGAUUGCAAACACUAACGGCACUGUAAAUGACAGACAAUUAGGCCUUUUAUUACACGAUUGCAUACAAAUUCCGAGACUUUUAGGUGAAAUCGCAGCCUUUGGCGGCAGUAAUAUAGAGCCGUCCGUCAGAUCAUGUUUUCUUAGGGCUAAUAAUAAAAACGAGAUAACGGCCCCAGACUUUCUUGAUUGGCUACAACAGGAACCGCAAUCUAUCGUUUGGUUGCCUGUAUUGCACCGAUUGUCCGCAUCGGAAACAGCCAAACAUAAAGCCAAAUGUAAUAUCUGUAGACAAUAUCCGAUUGUUGGUUUCAGAUAUCGGUGUUUGAAAUGUUUUAACUUUGAUUUGUGCCAAAACUGUUUCUUUUCCGGCCGUCGCGCUAAACAUCAUAAAAUCACACAUCCGAUGCAAGAGUACUGUGUUGUCAUCCAUUCAGGCGAAGACGUCCGAGACUUCACUCGCAUUAUUCGCAAUAAAUUUAAAUCAAAGCGUUUUUUCAAACGCCAUCCACGAGUCGGUUAUCUUCCCGUUCAGACAGUAUUAGAAGGCGAUGACUUGGAAAGUCCGGCGCCAUCUCCUUCACAUACAUUACAUCACUCCACUCAAGACAUGCAUUCACGUCUUGAACUCUAUGCAAAUCGAUUGGCAGAAGUAGAACUCAGAGGAAGAAAUAGCGUUACUCCAGAUGAGUCUGAAGAUGAGCAUCAAUUGAUUGCUCAAUACUGCCAGACAUUGGGCAACGAUUAUGGAUAUACAACAUAUGCACCACAAAGUCCCGCACAAGUAAUGGCAACCAUUGAAGCCGAACAAAGAGAUGAAUUGGAGUCAAUCAUUCAUGAAUUAGAAGAAGAGAAUCGUAUUUUACAAGAAGAAUAUGAAAAACUAAGAAUAGAGAAAACAAGCAAUAGAUCACUAAAUUAUUCAAAUAAUUAUUUGAAUCAUAAAAUUGGAUCUAAUAUGUUGAGUGAUUCAGAAGCUGACACCACUUCMAUAUCGACACCUAAUAGAGAGGAUGCGAUGUUAGCCGAAGCGAAAAUGUUGCGCCAACACAAGGGACGACUAGAGUCUCGGAUGCAGAUUCUUGAAGACCAUAAUCGACAACUUGAGACUCAAUUGCAGCGAUUGAGACAACUUCUUGAAGCAGACCCCGAACCGACUCAAAUUUCAUUACUUCAUCAGAACACGAGCUCAUCAUUGCCUCGAACGUCAAGUGGACCACAGCAUCUAAGUCUUCAUAAUAAUAACAUAUCAUCUCUAUCUCCCAGACCACGACAUCACCACAUGAACGGAGCUGAUAAUCAAGGACCAUCAGCUGUCAAUAAUGCACAUCAGGUCAACAAUUUGCUGCAAACGGCCGGUAAUUUAGGAAAAGCUGUCGGAGUAUUAGUUCACGUCAUGACUGAUGAUGAGGCGGGAAGUGAUAAUGAAAUCAAUGUUAAUAAUGGCGUUAACUCUAAACAUAAAUAAUUAUACAUUUCUAUUGAUUUUUAUUAAUAUAAUUUAUACUUUAUAUAUAUAAGACA